GGUCAGCCUGCACUUUCCCGGGAAAACAGAAGUCACAUUUACAGUUUCAAUCUGUGCAGCAAUGGAGAAGAUUACGGAGAAAAUAUUGCUGGAGAAAGGCUCACCGAAAACAAACAAGCUGGAUCAGAUUAAGACUCUGAAUCUCUCUCGAAUGGGGCUGAAGAGACAGGACCUGCCGGUGGCCUUGCUGUCCAAACUCCGAGGUCUGGAACAGUUAGACCUUUCAGGCAACAUGCUGCAGGAGCUUCCCAGAGGACUUUCUCUGCCCCGCCUGAAGCUUCUCGACUGCUCCAACAACGACAUGGAGGAUGUGACCACCCUAGAGGCCCUGAGUAGCCUGGAGGAACUUCGGCUAGAAGACAACCUCUACCUCACUGUUAAUGAUGAGCACAAAGUGAUGUUCCUCUUGCCCAAGUUGAGGAUGUUUAAUGGAAAGGACAUCAGUUCCACAGCCAACCACAUCCGCUACGUCAGCAGUGAGAUUCUUAAGAGGCGGGUGAUUGGGGUGUGGGAAAAGGACUUCAGUCUGCCUGAUCCACUGACUGCACAGAGCCUCAGUGCAAUUGAGAAGAAAUUUGUAAAUGCAGCCUGCUUCCAAGUCAAAUACGGUCCCAGCUCUUUAAAUGACUACACCAAGUGGAGGGUUGAGAUGAUUGCAAAGGAAUACCUUAAAUCACUUACUGACCCUGAGAAAGAGGAAGAAGGCGGUACACCAGAGACACCUGUUAAAGACAAUGAGACGGUUCUUUCUCCUUCCAAGAGGAAGCACUGUGAUCUGGGAGCAAACGGUGAGACAGAAAGCCCUCGGAAGAGAAGGACAAUGAACGACGCAGCAGCCACUGAGGCCAGUCCACGGAAAUCGAGCCGCUUGGCCAGCACUACCACUGCUGUGGCGAGUCCAAGAAAAUCCAGCCGAGUACAGAGCACCACUCAGAACUCCAACCUGAGCUUAUCCAGCCCAAGAACGACUGUAAUGAAUGGUGGAACUGCUGCUGAGCCAAGUCAGAGAAAAUCAAACCGUCUGCAGAACACUCCACAAAAAACAAUAAAUGCCACUGCAAGUCCCAGAAAGGCCCCUGGGACUCCCGCUUUAAAGGGGGCUAAAGAUCAGCCUGCGAAUCAACAGAGCAAACACACCGCUACUCCCAAAAAGACAGAGAGUAGAACACCCAGGAAGGCCAUCAAAUACGAAGUUCCACAGGAGCCAGCCAGUCUGCAGCCACUUCAUGUCCUGCAGUGUCACAGUAAGGAGAACAGUCCAGAGGACUUCAGCACCCAGCUGUGGGCCUGUUCCUUUGAACCUGUACAGGACAGCAGUGAUGCCAGUGGCUGGGUGUGGACAGUGGCCACUUGUGGAGGGGAGUCGGUGUGUGUGAUAGACUGUGAAUCUGGGCACGUACUAAAGAAAUACAAGGUCCCUGGUGAGGAGUUCUUCACGUUGGCAUGGAGCACAUUGUUGAUGUCGAGAGAGGGAGGCUGUGCCCGCUCCUGUAGCAUCCUGGCGGCAGGAGGGAAGAGGGGGGUGGUGAAGCUCAUCCACCCCAGAGUCAACUUGGCAUACGGAGAGUUCCGUGCCAGCCGCCGUGCCAUUGCUGUCCUGCGCUUUAGCCCGCGUCACCCCAGCUUUCUGUUCACUGGCACAUACGACAACAAGAUUGUCAUGUGGGACAUUGGAGGGCUGGACCGUGACUACAAUUUCAAAACAAGUCAGCUGCUAGUUCUGGAAACCGGCUCCACUCCACUACAUCUCUGCCUGCCGCCCUGCUCCCCGGACACACACCUCAUCUCUGGCUGUGAAGAUGGCCUCUACAGCUUCGACAUCCAGCUCAGCAAAAACACACAGAAGAGGUCAGAAGAGAUGGAGAUUGUAUUUCCUGUGUACAAGAAGAAGGACAAGAAGAAUGACUAUCGCACUAUUGAUGGACUCAGCUUUCUAACAGAUGACAUAGUAGCAUCUAAAAGCCAUAUGCAGGGCUCUAUCUAUCUGUGGAGCUGGAGUGCUACAAGGGCUUCGCAACAGGGGAAGAAGAAGGUAGUCUCUGCUGUUAUCCUAGCUGAGCUGCAAUGGUCUAAAACCGACAUCCCAUACCUGUCUUUAAACACCUGCCCAGACUUUGGCUAUGUGGUUUGUGGAGAUGAAAAUGGAAAAUUAUGGACGUACCACAUCACAGAUCUCGUAAGGUCCAACUUCAAGAGUGGAAAACCAGUUGCUGCGACUGAGGUGCUGGAGUGGCCAUCUCUGGUACGACCUGGAGUGGGCCCAGUCGAGGGGCCUACCAUCAAUAGCGUUGCCAUGGAUCCCAAGCUUCAUUAUUUGGUUGCCCUUAGUGACAAGAACAUGGUGGUGGUUUGGAAGAGAGCCACUGAAUAAUUAAAAAAAAGAAAAUGAAAGCGAGAGAUCCAUCCUUCUGCCGUUCAUCUUGAAACAUGUUAAUCUUACAGAUUAACUGAAGUGAGCACUCAAGGGCUGUGGCAGUUACACAAACAUUUUUCAAGGAAUGGACUUUUUAAAGAAUUAAGAUAUUUUUUUUUAUUUUUGUUCAAAUGCUCAGCAUUGCUGGGAUUUAACUUUGAAGGCGUCAUGUGAGUUUUAGCAGUUGUCAUUGCUGAUCUGGAAUCAGCAUUUAUAAGCUGACUAUAUACCAGAGAGGAAGGCUGUAUAUGCUGGCUAGUAUUUAGUUGUAAGAAUGACUAAAUCUAUU